UUCCAUCGCCCGGCCGGAGAACCUCGACGUACGCACGUACGCACGCGCGCGCAAAAUGGCCGCCACCGGGCACCGGACGCCGCUCUUCUUCCUCCUCCUCGCCGCCGUCGCGCUGCUCGCGGCGGUGGCCGCCGCGGAGGACGCGGCCAAGCCCACCAUCCUCACCCCGGUGGCCAAGUCCCCCGUGGGGUCCUUCGAGGGCGACAAGCCGGGCUCCGACGACGCCAUGGACGACGACGACGCCGCGCCCGUCGGCUCCCCCAUCGGCACCACCAUGACCGAGCCCAAGGCCGAGGAGUCCACGCCCGGCGCCGCCGGGGGCGAGACCGCGCCAGCGCCCAGCGCCGCCUCCUCCCUCGCGGCCCGCCUCGGCGCCGUCGCCGUGGCCGCCGCCGCCGGCGUCCUCGCCUUCUGAGCUCCAUCUGAUCCAGGGAGAUUAACUACUUCCAUGCACGUGGAGUCGCCGGCAAUGGCGGAUCCAGGGCUUCACCCACAUUGCUAGCUCUUCCUUCCAUGCAUCCCCUCUCUCCGUAUAUAUAUCUAGCCACCUACGUACGCUGGCAUGCACACCAUUAUCAAAUUCAACUGCGAAAGCACGAGUAAAUUAAAUACCAUGGUGCGUGCGAUAUUCUCCCUCCGUUCCUAAAUAUAAGACUUUUUUGAGAUUUCAUUAAAGGACUACAUACAAAGCAAAAUGAAUGAAUCUACACCCUAAAGUGUGUCUAUAUACAUCCGUAUGUACUUCAUUAGUGAAACCUCUAAAAAGACUUACAUUUAGGAACGAAGGGAGUAUAUAGUACAGUAUGUGACUACCAUGUAAGUACACAUGAGGCACAGUAUUAUUUUUUUUCAUAAGCCAAUCUCAUUGUAAGUACGUACAAGUUAUUUCAAAUAUACUUUGUGUUGUUUUGCCUUCUACAUUGGAGCAAAUUAAUUGAUAAGUUUUCUAGUAUUACAAAUUAUUUCCAAACCCAAGUGCAGAAGCUAGCUAGAGAUGUGGCGCCCCAGUUUCCCAUUCAGGCAAGGAAGACGUCCAUUUAUAGAUUACAGCAACCCGUAGACAGCGGGACA